CCUUGUUACUUGGCUCUUUUGCAAUAUCUCUCUGUCUCAAGUUCGAGAGUGAGAGAAAGAGAGAGAGAGUAUGGCGACCACGCUUCAUUGUCUCUCCACGAUUCAUCUUCUUCCUCGCUCCCAUUACCCUAAAACCCUAAACUCUCUCAAGCCAAUCACCAAAUCACAACCAUGCAAAAUCCCAGACAUAUCCUCCAAUCCCAACGCCCUCCAGCUCCUUAAAUCAUCAUCUCUCCCUCUCGCAGUCGUCGCACUGCCUUUCUUCAUCGAUGCACAGGAUGCAGCAGCAGCUGGAGGAGAGUUUGGGAUUUUGGAAGGAAGAACAUUCGCGUUGAUACACCCAAUUGUGAUGGGAGGUUUGUUCGCAUACACUCUUUGGGCUGGUUACUUAGGUUGGCAAUGGAGACGUGUCCGCACGAUACAGAGUGAGAUUAGUGAUCUCAAGAAACAGCUUAAACCAACCCCUGUUUCUCCUGAUGGAUCCUCGGCCGUCGAUUCUUCGUCCCCUCCUUCUGCCACGGAGCUUCAGAUCCAACGGCUGACGGAAGAGAGGAAAGAGUUAAUCAAAGGGUCUUAUAGAGAUAAACACUUUGACGCUGGCUCUGUUUUGUUAGGCUUUGGUGUUUUGGAAGCUGUCUUUGGUGGACUUAACACUUUUCUUCGUACCGGUAAACUCUUCCCCGGUCCUCAUCUUUACGCCGGUGCAGGAAUAACGGUGCUAUGGGCUGCGGCGGCGGCAUUAGUGCCGGCAAUGCAGAAAGGGAACGAGACGGCGAGGAGUCUACACAUAGCCCUGAAUGCAGUAAAUGUUCUUCUUUUCGUUUGGCAAAUCCCAACAGGUCUUGAUAUCGUUCUUAAGGUCUUUGAGUUCACUAAAUGGCCAUAAUAUAUAUUACUACUAUUUUGGAUCUGUUAUAUUAUUGAUUGAGUCCCUUGACUCAAUUCUGCGACUUUUUUUGUUUUUUUGAGGAUUGUAAAUGAUGACUUGUAAAAAAUCAUGCACUUAACGUGAAUGUUAGAAUAUGGUUCAGCAAUACUUGGUGUUUCAUAUUACUUGUAAUGAUUUUAAUGUACAAGGAAUCAUCUAGUCGUUUGGUUAAA